UUGCGCAGACGACCCCGCGGGGGCUGCCGGGCGCGAGCGUCGGGGACGCGCCUCCUCCGUCGCUCGCGCAGCCGCGGGGACUCCGUGGAAACCGAAGGCGAGCGAGGGAGAAACGCGGGAAGCAUGAAGAAAGGGGCUUCUUGCGAGCGGAAGCAGGCGUGGAUAUCGUCGGGGAAGGCGGGAGCAGGAAAUGGAUUUCUUAUGGAAGUGUGUGUAGAUUCGGUGGAGUCCGCUCUGAAUGCAGAAAGAGGAGGCGCGGGUCGGAUUGAAUUAUGCUCUGGUUUACUGGAGGGAGGAACCACACCCAGCAUGGUCUGCUUCUGUUCUUAAAGGUAUUCUUCAAGUAGUAAAACAGACUGUUCAGAUUCCAGUUUUUGUGAUGAUCCGACCACGUGGAGGUGAUUUUUUAUAUUCAGACCGUGAAGUUGAGGUGAUGAAGGCUGACAUUCGUCUUGCCAAGCUUUAUGGUGCUGAUGGCUUGGUAUUUGGGGCACUGACUGAAGAUGGACACAUUGACAAAGAUCUAUGCUUGUCUCUUGUAGCUCUUUGCCGUCCUCUGCCAGUCACUUUCCACAGAGCCUUUGAUAUGGUUCAAGAUCCAAUGGCAGCUCUGGAGACCCUCCUAACACUAGGAUUUGAACGGGUGUUGACCAGUGGAUGUGACAGCUCAGCCCUGGAAGGACUGCCUCUAAUAAAGCAACUCAUAGAGCAGGCAAAAGGCAGGAUUGUGGUAAUGCCAGGAGGUGGGAUAACAGAUAAAAAUCUGCAAAGGAUCCUUGAGGGUUCUGGUGCUACAGAAUUCCACUGUUCUGCCAGAUCUUCUAGAGACUCGGGAAUGAAGUUUCGAAAUUCUUCUGUUGCAAUGGGAGCUUCACUUGCUCAUUCAGAAUAUACUCUAAAGGUAACAGAUGUGACAAAAGUAAGGACUUUGAAUGCUAUUGCAAAGGAUAUCCUAGUUUAGUUCAACUUAUCUGAGAGACAUGGAUAUCACAGUGUGAAGGUAGAAGUUGGAUUGACAAUCUCUGUGACGCAGCUCUAACCUUCCACAUGGCCAUGGAUGCUUCUAAGAAGAAAAAGACAUUAGAACAGCAAUGAAAUCACUUUGUUUGGUAGUCAUUGAUGUCUGUCAUCAUGGGUAAAUUUAGUCUAUCCUUCUUCCACAAAGAGAAGCUUAGUCAUUUUCAGUGGGCUUAACUGAUGACGUGGCAAAGUUCAGCUGUAAGGCAUGAAAUCAGAGUUUGCUUCAGGGUCAGUUUAGUGUCACUUUUUUGCCUUUUUAUUUUGUAAAAUAAAAAUUCUCAUUCUAUUGUG